CGCGUGACGCGUGAGAAUAGUCGCACCUCAGCGGGCAGGAAGGUGUUUUGAUGAAUGCGAGGUUAUCCCGAAGAACAUUUGCCAUCUCUUUUGGAAAGAAAACCAAUAGAAACGCGUUUUCUCUAUGUAAUGAAUCCCCUCCUCCCCUUCCUCCUCCUCCUCCGACAUAACGGAGCGAUGCUGGCGUUCAUGCUUCAAUCGAAACGCGUCUAAUCGUAACGCGGCUUCGACGCGAUGGAGACGGAGUCCCUGGCGUGAUUUAAAGGGGGAAGCCCUCAGCACAACACGACAUAUACACAAUGCACGCCUCCUGUCGCGAAUACGAAGGCUUUCUCUGGACGUGUAGACUCCUAAUGUCACCUCGCUGAGCGAUGAUGCUCGCGUCACGGCUCGCAUUCACUCAUCGUCCGCUUUAUUCGCGAAAGAAGCAGCAGAACGGAUACUUGACCACUGCGAAACUGCCUUUUUCACGCUUCAAGCCUCUUCUGGUUAUCGGCAAGGGACACAUUAUUAUAACCACAAGGGCCAGGGACACACGAUUAAAGUUUCAACGAUGUAAAUCGAGGUCUGGUAUGAGUGAAGUCGCCUCCGUCUAGCACAAACUAGAGCUCACAUUUGAGAUAGUCGAAAGAGGACUUCCGUUCAGCGUUUGCUGCGCACCACACCAUGAGCCAGCCACAGCCCCCUCAGCAGGCGGCAGCGCCGGAUCUGGAGGUGAUCUCCCAGCAGGUGGAGGAUGAAGGCCAGUGCAUGGCUCCAGUGCAGCUGGUCAGCUUCACCUACAGGGACCUUCCUCUAGCUGCCCUGGACCUCUCGCUGGCCGGAUCCCAGCUACUUUCCAAUCUGGAUGAAGACGACAACCAAGAUGGGUCUAACUGGCUGAAGCCGUGCUGUGGGAGGAGAGCAGCGCUGUGGCAGGUGUGUUUGCUGAGCGCCGGCUUCAACUGUUUCCUGGUGGCCUGUGUCGUCUUGGUGGUGCUCUUACUGACUGUGGAACUGCUCAUUGAUACUAAGCUCCUACAAUUUAAUAAUGCAUUCCAGUUCGCAUGUAUCAUCCACUGGAUCAGCCUGGUCAUCCUGUCCGUGUUCUUCACCGAGACUGUCUUUAGGAUUGUGGUGCUCGGGAUUUGGGAUUAUAUAGAGAACAAAGUUGAGGUAUUUGACGGUGCUGUGAUUGUACUCUCUCUGGCCCCAAUGGUGGCCUCCACGGUGGCUAACGGCCCCAGCAGCCCCUGGGACGCCAUCAGCCUCAUCAUCACCCUCCGCAUCUGGAGAGUCAAGAGAAUCAUUGACGCGUACGUCCUGCAGGUGAAGGUGGAGACGGAGCUGGAGAUCCAGCAGUAUGAGAAGACCAAAGCUUUGAGGGAGGAACAGCUGGAGAGACUCACACAGAUCUGUCAGGAACAGGCCUUUGAGAUCAGGCAGCUGAGGGCUCACCUGGCGCAGCAGGAUUUGGAUCUGGCCGCUGAGCGGGAUGCCGCCAUGCAGAUCCACCAUGUGUGGGGCAAACAGAGCAGCAGCUUCCAGGAAAUAGACGGCCUGGGACCCACUGGAUCUGACAACACCAGAGAGCCCAGACCUCCUCCAGAGAGCGCCGUUCAGGAUGAUAUGAAUAACUACAUCAGUCAGUAUUACAGUGAGCCAAGUAGCGACAUCGGGGUGCCCGACCCUGGUGCACGUGUCAUAACCACAGCAGCCAUAGAUGUCCACCUUCCUACCAACCCCAACCAGUUGCCGCCUUCCCUCGUCAGUGCUGACGGCCCGGGCAGUGGCCAGGAGCGCACAGGCAGCUCUGUAAGUGAAGCAUCCAGCACGACCAUGUCCCGGUCCAGCUGCAGCUUCACAGCCCAGCAGCACAGCGUCAGCAGCCACACGCUGGCCUCCACAACUGACUGCAGCUCUACCGUACGGGAGGCUUCCACCUCCGACUACAGCGGCCAACACUGCUGCCCUCCUCCAUACUGCAGCCCUUUGACCCUCGGCACACAACCAGGUGUCCACGACCCCAGCGCGGUGGUCAAAGAGCUGCUCUCUUCCCUGUCCGAGGACUCUUGCCUGGCACAGAAAGGCAGGGUUGACCCGGUCAACCUUAAAUUGCCCAGUCCGGCAGGGUCGGUGAAGGCCAGUCCGGAACUGGAGCACAGGGUGAAAAUAUAUAACAAGAGAAACCAGGAAAGUCUGGGUGUAUUCCAGACCAAGCCACUAAUUCACCUGCAGGGGACUGAGCCAUCACUGGAGGAGAAGUACAGGCUUAUGGAGCCGGCAGAUACUCCACUCAGCCAUAUAACGGACACAUAGAGCAUGACGUUUGGAACGGUGACCACCAACACCAGCUGAAGCAGCCUCUCCCUUGGCCUCUCUCUAUCUCUAUAUAUAGCUUACUCACUGGCUGUGUCGGAAACAUGAAAAAUAUUGCCUUCGCUGACAGUAUCCCGAGGUAGUAAGGCAUCAAGGCAUAUCGGAGUCUAGUGACCAGCCAAGUAGUUUAAGAGGCAGUGUAAAUGGCUCUAUGCCAGCACUGCUUCUGGUGAGCCACCUUCCUGCAGAGUUCAGGUCCAGAUCUGCUCCUACACACCUUCCCGUAGUUUUCAAGUAAUCCAGGACAACUUGGUUGGUUGGUUCAGGUGUGUUUGAUAAGGGUUGGAGCUAAAUUUUAUGUAAAGGUAACUCUCCAGCUAGCUCCAGUUAGCUACCCCUGCUUCUUUUUGCAAGAUUAAUAGGAAUUGCCCUGUCACAAAUGGUACAAAUAUAAAGGCUGGAAUAUACUACAUCUUUUAAAAUCUGAACAGUAAGUAUCAUACACUUGUCAACUUUGUAAAUGGUUACAGAAAAAAAAAUCUUACACUAAAGCA